AGGCCCCCUCAGACGUUACGAUUUGGAGUGUAGGGUUCCAGCUAGAUAGCAUAUUUUUAUUCGCUUGUUAAAGUUUUAUUCAUUUACGCAUCGCCACCUCGGUUGGCGCACAGAAGAGUAGUUCGAGUCCUUCCUCCUGAAUGAGAAUCCUCAGUAGAAAGAUGUGCCAAAGCUUGUUAUGUCAUGUUGAAUAAUAUGAAACCCUGUUCCGCUCCCGCAGUGAGCGGAAGCAAAAAUAUGCCUUCAUCCACGAUGAACGCCCGCCCCGAGGACCACCGCUACACCGGACCACCGGAAGAUGCCACCGCGGCGACACCACACCCUCUUCCCGGGGACUGCUUCGUGGAAGCAGGUGACUUGGAUAGGUUCACCGUUUCUGCACUAAAACGGAUGAUUCCGGUCAGCGCGAAGGUUGCGGGUAGUUGUUCUACCAGGAGCGGAGUAUCUUCUAAUAUGGAGGACGGAGUUUUUGCACCCACUUCCAGCCGGGCCAACGUCUCUACCAGUCGGGUCCCGACGAAGAAGGGGGAUUUGGUGCAAUUUGUCGCGUCUCUCAGGCUUUAUCGGAGAAAGGACUUGCCGCGGCUGGUCCAACAGUACAGUACUGUGGCGUUAUUUCAUACUUCUUCUUCUUGUGCAGCUCGAGGUGCAUCAACAACAAUAUCCGGUGGCGCUUCCAGCACAAGAGGGGGAAGUAGCAAAAGACCCCGUGGAGGCCCGCAAGUAGAGGACCAGAAUUCACCACUUCUCGACGAGGAUGAAGUUGAGGAACAGGAGGAGGAGAGCCAGAAACAGAAUCGCGUCGAAAGUAACCGUGUGUCGGCCGCUCCUCCGGCGAGGAAAUCAGUAUUAAAGCGACGGAAAAUCAUUGCAGCAGAAGACCACGACGAGAAAGGGGACCACAAGGGAAGAGCCCUUGGGAGAAGCGAGGAAGCCCACGCCACCCUUUGCCGCGCGACUGCGACAGAACAGCAAGGAAGAGCUUCACCAACCCGCCGGGAGGACAUCAGCGGCGAAGAAGGGGGGACUUCGCCCCGGCGGGGCACAGGGGGCACCGGAGAAGGGUUUUUCUGCACGCCGAACAGCGGAGCAUUUCGAAAGGACACUGGUGGAAAGAAGGUCGUGGGAAAAAACUGCACAGCGCAGCAGAGGAGCACGCCGUCGGCAGUAAAAAUUCUACAGAGCUCCACAGCGCCGAGCCAGAUUUCCGCCGUCGCAUCUAGUCAGAACGACAACGCACUCGCUGUCAACUCCGAGGAGGUCUACUCCCAGUCAGUGCAAAAAUUGCAAAGAAACCAGGGAGGUGUUGGUCCUCCUGGGAACAUCAAAACGAAAACCACCAAAAAGAGGGCACAGAUGAACAAGACGCCCGGUUCGGUGGCAAAGAAGAAGAAGCUGACGGAUUGGCUUUUUAACAGCGAACUCAAGGCUCCUGGGGACAGACCCGAGACGAGCAGAUUAGUUGUUCCCAUCAACAAGGCUGGGAUGAUUCAAGGCGGUCCUCGUACUGUUACUCCAACUGCUGUUGGACAAGCUCACCUUGUUUCAUCUUCGCAGUCUGCUCACGUUCUUGAGGACCAAGUCAGUUUCACUGGUACUUCUAGAGCCACUGGUUCAGAAGACCACGCAGUACGACUACAAGAACCUCACCAAAACAUCGGCCCAGCGGAUAAUUUGCUUCUUCUCCAGACGCUGCACAAGUGCAGCUACUGCGGGAAACAGAUGAAGAAAUACGUGUCCAUAUUACAAUGAAAAAUGCCUCCACCCCCGAACUUGGGAGCAUUUGUAUUGCAAACCUUUCCAAAUGAACCACUUGCCCUCUUGCAUUUAUCAGCAUCACAGAUUUCCGAUAGUGAAUAGCAAAAAUUUGUAUUGCAAAAGAUCCCAGCAAGAGUGGCGUUCGUCAUACAAGCGAUGCGAAAAACGCCUAGACUCUGCAUCACAAAGAUUCAUACUCCUUUCAUGCAUGACAAAAAGUUUUCAUUUGGAAACUUCGCAUCACAAAUUUUUGCAAUUUUGGGGGUGGGGGCAAUUUUCCUCGCGAGAGUCCAGCCGGUGCUACGGCAACCUGGUGCACCGUUACGCGUGCGAGUCAAAGUUGGUGUUUCCAAAAAUGACUACCACCGUGGAGGAAUCUCGGCCGCACGACAACCACAGCGCGGAGGACAUGUAUUGUGAGAAAAAAUCCUUCCCAUACCCAAAAGGAAAAUUUCUGAUGCUGUGAUUUCGGGCCACAAAUUAUCGGCUCUGUCUGGCACGAAGGCAACCACGGAUGUGUGCGCCGCAUGGCAUUAUGGAGGCGGUUUGUCAUGCUGUUGGGCCUGCAGGUGGGCAGGUGUUUGGUCCCAACAUGCUAAACAACCAGACCCCUUCCACGCUCCUAAACAGGCUGAGAACUUCUACUGCCUAGCUGCAGCUACUUACACCAGCAAGACAUGCUGCUACGCAAGUCCAGCAUCAGAAACUCUGUGUUUACUAUGGGGAGUGGGGAUCAUUUUUCCUUUUGAUGAUAUGCUCUGGUUUUUCGAGCCGUUGUAUUCAACGAAAAAACUGUUUCACGACUGUGGUGAUUUUGCAAGAUCUGCAACACAAGUUUGUUACACAUGAAAAGAAAACUUGGCAUGUGUGCUUCCCAAAGGAAAACACAGCUACAAAUCCAAUGUGUUGCAUGUGUAGCAAGACAAACACAUUUGCGUUCCGUUCUAUGCAUUACAAAACAGUUUUUUCUUGCGAUACGUUGAUCCGGCCGGUGUUGCGCUUGGAAAUGUGGGAAAACGACGUUUUUAUUGUGGGGAAAAAUCUCCCCUCCCCAUAUCGAAAAGGAAAUUUGUGAUGCUGAUUUGUAACCAUAAAUCAGCUUUGUCUUGCGUACAAGGCAAACGGCCCUCAUGUCUGUGGCGCAUUGUGCAGCCAGUCUGUCAUGCGUUUUCUCCUAUGCCAGUCUUGUUUCUCAUGCGCAGCUGCUAGCCGGAUGCGUACCAAAAUGGGCUUCGAAUAUUCCAACAAGCUCUUGCUGCAAUACAAAGUUCAUUUGUUUACACAAAACCAGCAACACAAAUUGUCUUUUGAGUAUGGGGUGGGGGCUUUUUUCACUUUGAUAGUUUUCCGCGUUUAUUUGGUUGUACCACCGACGUGUUUAUCAGGAAAGACCGCCCGUGCUGCUGGCACGACGACCACGACGAAUGAUUAUGCCGGUUCUAGUGCAGAUGAUGUAUACGACGUCGAUGGUGGAAAUGAGGUAGAGGCACAAGGUCAAAACUCUUCCAGUGCGCGAAAUUAUACUCCCGACGACGGCAACAUUGUACAGACCUACCACAGGACUAUGGCGCGCAAUAUUUUGAGCGAACUGCUUCGCUGCGGGAUCGUCCAGGAGUUGGUGAUUUAUUUGCAGACGGCUGCGCGCAGCAGCAGUUGCGACGAUGCUGCCUCGGCGGCGGGGGAAGCGGAGGACACAGGAAAUACUGCUGUCCCGACGUGGUCGCAUGAAGGAAGUAGAAUUGAAGGUGCCGCCGUCGAGGAGCUGUAUUUUCCCCUUGCCGAUUACGAAAGAGUGUUGGAAUAUGGGGGUGUCAGAAUCGAAAUUGACAAAAUCAAAAAUUUUGUGAUGCACAAAAUCGACGCCGGUUGGAGCCUCAGUUUCCAAGUGGCGCAUGACAAAUUUCGGGAGCGCCCAAAUCCAGUCUGUCACGCAGUUUGGGCAAAGAAGACUGCUCCUGUCGUGCUACUAUGGCAGCACAUUGCAUAUUACCCCUGAGCAGGCUUGCAAUCGGUCUCAUAUGCCUGCUCCCCAAUACAGGCCUUCAGUGCUCUACAUUUUAUGCAUCACAAAUGUUUCGAUUUUGUCGAUCCUGACACAUCCAUAUGGAAACGAUCGAAACGGAGCUACUGGACCGGGCGCAAAUCCUAUCGUGAGAAAAAAGUGUUAGAGUUACACAUUUUUUUGCAAGACAAGCAAGACAGAAAACCUCUGUCAUGCAGAAAACGCGUGCCAGCCUCAUUCCAUUUGUGUUUUCCCUUAUAGUCUGCGCAUUACAACUUUUCUUCGCCAUGCAGAGCAAAUUUGUAAUGCUGAAAUUCCAACAAAUGUGUAACUGUAAGAACACUUUUUUCCUUGGAUAGAUCCACCUACCCGAUCCCACUGGGCAGUUUUCCUCCCUGAAAAUUGACAAGAUUCCGGAUCAGGUCUUGAGCUACUUUCGGAACCAGCAAAAGUUUUUGGGGCAUGCCACUUCUACUUCCCGAGCCGCGGGGUCCUCGUUGGCCGCCAGCGCGAAAAGCUUACCCGCACGGGCUGUUGACGGGCAGAAGUGGUCACAUCACACAAGACGAAUGGAAGAGAUAGUAGAUCACUGUUGUCUCGUCCCGCGAUUAGAAAAGUUGAAAAUCUGGCGACACCUACGGCCGUAUCAGAAACUGGGGGUCGAGUUUGGCUUGCAGAAAAUGGAAAUGGAUGAGGAUAGAGAUUUCUUUGCGUCAGCACUAGAGAAGAAGAUGGGCUCAAGUAAAAUUCCGAGCACUCCAGUACCAUCUUCGGGGAAAUUUAUGUCAUCAAGCAGGAUGAAGAACAAAGGGAUUCUCCUCGCGGACGAAAUGGGGUUAGGGAAGACAAGGCAGGCCUUGGCCAUCGUGUUUGCCAAGCAGCUUUUUCCCUGUCUGUUUAUCGUGAAGGCGGUCACACGCCUGGCCUGGAAACGGGAAAUCGAAAUGAUGUAUUGCGAUAAGGCCUUCAAAAAUGCGUGUCAACAAGGGGGCGACGACGUCACUACGACCCGCACCCCUACGGUUGGCAAGGACAUCCACCUAAUAGCCUCCGCGGACGACGUAUGCAUUGCAAAUAUGUCUGGCUCUGGAAACUUGUAAUGCUAAAAGUGAAUGAGAGCUCUACUGCAAUACGGAGCCAAGCAUGACAAACUUUUAGGCUCCUCGGUGUUGCGUGUUACGCAUGGCAAACUGCGUUUUUGCAUGACAGUUAAGAAGACCGCUUCGUGCCCAUGCAUCACAGAUUCUUGAGUCAUGUCAGACAUGCAUGACAAUGUAGCAAUCUUCCAGACCCAGAGAUGUUUGCAUUCCAUACGACGCGCUGCCCAACGGGAAGCACGCAAAACUGCCGUAUCAAGUGCAAAUAUGUCUGGGUCUGGAAGGUGGUAACUUGUGAUGCUGUCUUUGGAAGGUUAAAAAAAUCUGUAUUGCAUGAUCAGCAAGAGGAGUUCAGUCUGUGCUGCGCGGAGUGGGCGUUUCUCAUGCGCAAUACGCAUCAGAAGUCCACUCAAAAAUCUGUGAUGCUAGGUCAUGCAUAAUACAGGCAUCAUGUGCUAUGCAAAAUAUGCAUGAAUCGGGAAUCGGGAAUAGUAAAGUGCAAAGAGUGGGAAUCGGGAAUCGGGAAAAACAAAAUUACUUCGUCUUCUUGUCGCCAAUGCAAGUAACCUGAGGUGCCGCACACCUCUAGCUCUAGCCUCUUGUUGAUUACUUCUUACUCGUUCGGUCGCGCAUGUGUGGUGCAGCCCGCGCAGAGUUUUUUGUUUUUCAUGCGACUCUGCAGCACCCACGUAAGUUUGCAUGUCCAAGUCUCGCGACUUUUAUGGGCUCACGCACAUCCGAGAUCGGGGGGGUGGGAGGGGGUCUCCAAGCCAGAAAAAAAAAAAUGCAAAGAGUGGGAAUCGGGAAUAGUAAAGUGCAAAAUAUGCAUGACAAACCUGGCAAUCUUCCAGACCCAGACAUUCUUGCACUUGAUAUGCCGAAGUGCGUAAUUAUUUCCUACCACAUGGCCGUGAAUUUACUGCCGCAACUGCUGCUCUUCACGCGAAAUUUUGUUUGUGCGGGCACGAAGUUGAGAACCGAACGACACGACAGCUUUUCCGCCCCUACCGUAGUAGACAGCUCCUACUUUUGUUGCGUGGUGGUCGAUGAAGCGCACUGUCUGAGGAGAGCCAGCGGUAGUUCCGCUGCGGCUGCAGCUGGUGGAGUCGACCUGGGUUAUCGAGUGCAAAAAUGUGUGGGUCUGGUGGAAGAAGGCAAGUUUGUCAUGCUUGUCUGACAUGACUAGAGAAUCUGUGUUGCAUACUUAGGCACGAAAAGGCCCUCUUACCUGUCAUGCAAAAACGCAGCUUGCCAUGCGCAAUACGUAAGACAUGGCAGCCAAAAAAUUUGUCAUGCAUAGCUGCGUAUUGCAGUGCGUCUCUCUUCUUUCACUUUUAGCAUUACAAGUUUCCAGACCCAGACAUUUUUACAAUCCAUAUAGAAGGUGGUGGUGCAACUUCCUCUUUCAUGACGACGCAGAUUUCCCGGUUGCUGAAGAAGAUUCCCAAACUCAUUUUCCUCACCGGGACGCCUUGCAUGCACAAGAUCGACGAUUUGCGGACACAGAUCGCGCUGCUGACAUCUUCACCGGAGCAAGAAGACGCUGAACAGCAGCAGAUACGAAAACAACAAUUGCAAGACGGGCAGGAGCAGUUAGCAGUGAGGAACAUCAGAAAGGGCUGCAAUAAAAGCAGCAUCAAUAAAACGACGAGUAAAAAAGCUAGUUGUACAACUAGUCCCCUGUCUUUUCUCUCCCUCUACGACCUGUACCACACCGAUGCGCGGAACCGGUCGAAAGUGUUGAGAUUUCACGAGUUUCAGCUCCUGUUGAAGUCGGAGCUGAUGAUCCGACGGCUGAAGAAGGACGUCAUGGCCGAUCUUCCGCCCGUGCUCGACCUGCCGUUUUUCUUGCAGGUGACGGAGCACAGCUACAAAUUUGUGUCGAAGAAGUUCUCGACCACUUCGAAGUCACAAGGUAAAGAGAACAACGACGACCAAAGAACCGCGGAAGUGGUACUAAAGCAGGAUAGUGCUGCAACAACUUUGCAGGAGACCACGAUGGGUCCCAACGGCGCGCCGCCCGAAAACCAGCUGGGGACUCUGCAACUCGCGGCCCUCGCGAAAGUGUUCGACGCGCGUUUUUGGCUGCGGGAGAAAGUUGUUGCUGCCUGCGUGGAGAAAAGAAGCAAAAUCGUGUUUUUCGCGCACCACAAGAGAGUUUUGGACAUGCUGGUGGAAUGGGUGAUAAAGCCAAUUACGAGUGGUCGCGGUGGUUUGCCCGGUGUUGUAUCAAAGGUUGCAGGAGGAGCAGGAGCUGCUACGGAUAGAAAUGACAAGGCCAGCAGUAGCAACAAGAAGAGCAGCUCGGGAGAGGACAAGAGGAAAAGUAAAAUUGAUGAAGGCAAAGACCACAGAACGUCGACCAGCGGCCUUGCUGGUAAAAAGACCUACGGUGCUCCAACUAGCGAUGCCGACGACCAGUCUGUGUUGCACUCUAACAGCAGCAGCACUAUCCGCUACAUUCGCGUGGACGGGGAUCUAGACGCGAGGCAGAAGCAGCACCAGCUGGACCUGUUUCAAGGACUUUCGAAAGGAGCUCCCGCAACAGAAGAGCAAGAAGGACCUCCGUCCUCAGCGCUAUUAAAACAACCACAACUCCCCGCGUCCCCCCGAUACGACAUCGCUUUGGUGUCCAUGACUGCGGCGGGAAUUGGGAUCAACGGGCUGGAGCAGGCUUCUACCGCCGUUUUUCUCGAGCUGCCCGAUAGUUGCCACUGGUGGCAGCAGUGUCGGGCCCGGCUCGACCGGUUUGGGCAGAAGAACGAGAUUAUCAUACAGAAAAAAACUGGCAGGUCAUAUUUGUAAUGCAAAAACAAAUAGACAAAGACAAAAAGAUUUGUAUUGCAUAUCCUAAAUAGCACGCUAUGAGGCCGCCCAUGACAGAUUUUUCUGUGUAUUUAUUUUUGCAUUACAAAUACUCCCUGCCAGCUUUUUUCUGUGUGAUAGAGAUUGUCGAGUUGUGGUAUCUGAUCGGGAGUCGGGAGAGGGAAUAUAGAACAGCCAGUUAUGAUGUUGAAGAAGCGGCCACCGAUCAUGAUGAGAGAGGAGAACAAACCACGCAGAAAGGUAGGAGCGGGACGAGGGAACGUCAAGAAGGCGCUGAAGCGAAAAAGGAUAGGAAUACUAGUACAGCAGAGGCGGUUCAUCAGGGUGAUGAUUUUCCUCCAAGAACUUCCGCACAGCAACUGUCGGAAGAUUUAAAAAUCUUCGAAACAGACUCAGUACAACCCGCAGCCGCAGCGACGGCGGUUUGGAACAAAUUUUCCGACUCUCGGCGGUGGGCGGAGUUGAACCGGGCCGCGGGGGAACUAAGGAAACUGUUCGAUGUGGGUGGGAGCGGAGGAGGUGCUUCUAGUACGGCUAGCGAUGUGCUAGUACCUGUAGCUCCUCAACAGCGUCACAAUUAUGCUGGUAAAAGUACACGAGUCGAUGCCGAGGGCACGGCACAUGAGGAAAUGCCGCAGAGUAGUGAAGCAUUAUCUACUGUGGCGAAUCCACCACGCCAGGAGCCAAAUUCACGAUCAAGGCAAGAGCCCAGCUGUGACCUACAACAUACCACUUCCUUCUCGCCAUUUUUUUCCGAGCGAGAUCUCGCCUUCGAGGUUUCCCGGGACACAGAGUUGGUGCACGUAUACUACAGCCUGCAUUUUUCACCCUCGGCCAGAGACAAUUCGAAUUCGAAUUCCACAAGAAGAACAAGGUCUGUCUCUGUAGAUGCACCAGUAAAAGUUCAGCAACAGAAUAAAAAAGCUCGCACAGCAAGUAUCCCGACCGCAAUUGCAGCCGGUGAAGAUGAACAAGCAGAUCGAUCUAUUUCUCUUGCAGGGCGGCACACGGGACUGGAUCCCUUUUCCAUCUCCGAGUUGCAGGAAGAGGAUCGACAUCGACCAGAUUCUCGUGCCGCGCAAGGUAUUGAUAAAGCAGCAGCGGACAAGGCGUGGUCCCCUAGAAACUCCUCGUUGGAGGUCGGUCACGAGGACCAGCAUCAACACGACGUAGAUCUUCUCUUUUCCGUCAAAGAAAUCGCGACAAGAUUUUACCGGUUUUACGACCAGCAGCCGACUUGGGUCAAAGCCCGCCUACACGGCGUGCCGGUGUGUUUGCCAGAUUUUUCCGACCUGGUGAAGGCCUUGAGGCAGGAACACAAUGCCGUAGCUGAUGCUAGCGAAGGAGGUAUAUUGGGUGGAAUUGCAGGUGGUGGUUGUGGUACCGGCACGCUUGAUGUUGAUGUUGUUGAGCACAGGGGUUCAUCUUGCCUAGACGAAGCAAUCCACAGGACCACCACCACCUCGUCGUCGACCACGAGAAGGUACGCGGAGGUCGGAAAGCCCAGCACGGUGGAGAAACUGAUGUUUGAGAAGUUGAAAGCGGAGUUUGGGAGAAACAAGAAGAACGUCGCGGCCAUAUCUACUACUACAACUUCUGAGACGAGUUCUUGUAGAAGAUCACAGAAAGUAGCCACCAAAUGCAGCUCUACAUCUACUCGCACGACAGACCUACGCUGGGUCAUAGCGGAAUUUCCGGAUCCGAAAUUCAAAACGCUUACGGCGUACGUGGCCCCAUUCGAUUUCGAACAGAACGUGUUGCACUGCGCGAACUGCAUUGGGGAGAGGAUCGAGAAUAAAGUUCUUGAUGAUGGAUCAGCAGUUCGUGUCGGGGCUGAUAAAGAAGAACGUUGUGGUAAGGCAAAGGCUGGCCUCACGGGCGUGCCAGCAGGACACCAGGAAGGGCUCAGUACAAUAGACGAAGAUGAAGGAGAUGCAGAAGUAGAACUGCAAAGAGAAGCAGAAUCAUUAUCCGACGCAGGCCACCGCCCCGCCAGCACGAAAGAUGCUUCACUGCGUUACGAAGUCGUGCUUCUGGAAGACGAAGAAGAUGAGCCGGAGAUUGAUAUUAAAAGUGGCGCAAUUACGCGCAGCACGAAAAUUGCGAAACAAAAGUCGUCUGCCGCGCAACCGGCUGCUUCUGCUCAAAAGAAAAACAGCCAGAAAGACAUGAGAAGUAUUGCCAGAUCUUCUCGAACUGCAGCAAAACGGCCACUGAAAAGCCAGCUCACGCAAGAGGAGGAGCGAGAGAAUUUGGAAAUGUUUGUGGAGCGGCAGUACAAAAGCAACGCGCGUGCUGACGUUGAGGAAGUAGAACGUGAAGGAGGAAAGGAGCAUCCGGAAAUAAAGCUGCACACGGAAACAACAAGGGAAACAGCAAGACAGAACCAGAAGCAAGUUUUGCCGGACCAAGUUGUCGAACCGGUCGUCCAAGAUAAAUUUCCAGACACGGCUAUCGACUUCUCGGUCCGCGUCAAACUCGCGUGCAAAAACGACCUCUUUUGCUGCGGAAAAUGCUCGCGGGAGUACAAAAUGAAGCGAAGUGGGUCGAAACUUAUCAAAUGCAAAAAUGUCUGGGUCUGGAAAAGUGGAACUUGUCAUGCUAAAUCUGAAUCAUGAAAAAAUAUGUCUUGCGUGAGCAGCAAAAGAGAAGCUUUCUUUGUCAUGCAAAAACGCAAUUUGUGAUGCGUGAUAGGCAUCAGCAGGCAUCUCAAAAACUUGUCAUGCUUGGCUGCCAUUGCAAGCGCUUCAAUCAUGCUCAAUUCAGCAUUACAGGUUUCCAGACCCAGGCAUAUUUGCACUUGAUAAAACUGAGACAGUGUUUAUUCCAGUACGAAAAGGGGCAGUGUCAGCAGUGUGCCGUGGACUGCGACGCGGUGUUUUUGCAACUACUGCAAUUAGAGCCGGAUCAUUUUCUUGAAGAAGAUCUUCCUGUUCUUGCAGGAGCUACAACGGAAGAUCGUGACCACGUACAAUUAGUUGAUGGGAGCAGAAGCAAGAAACCCGCUGCAGCAGGAGUGCCGUCAGCCGCUGGAAAAAAUUCUGCGUCAUCGUCAAAUGGUAAUGCCCGCGAAUUGUUGCUGAGGAAAGCUUUUUUGCUGCCGGAGGUGACCAAGACCGCAGCGAAGGGAACUCCAGGUAGCAGCAGCUCCUCCAUGCGCACCAAAAGAAAAGCAGCUGAUGCUGAGAAAGAACAGAAAGCGCAUAGUACAGAAAGAGAUCCUUCUACGAACGAGUACAUUGUGAAGUCAAAGUACUGGGAAAAUCUGUUGACAAAACCCUGCAAGGACUUGAAGCAAGGCGACCUCUUAUGAACUGCAAAAGCAUCGUACUUGUACUAGGAUAAAGUGCAUUACAAAUUUCCUUAGCAUCAGAAAUGGAAUUUGUCAUGCGGAUUUGCCUUAAGAAAAAGAUUUGUAAUGCAUGACUGCAAUUACUACGAGUGCGACACUUUUGCACAGGAUACCUCUGGCACUGUGACCAUGUGAAAGAGGUGCAAGACGGUGGGGGCGAGGCGUUUCAGUGGCAUGAAAUACAAACCCUGUGCGUCUUCUGUCAUUUGAGAAAAACGCACGGGAAAUGAAAGUAGUAAAUCUUUUCGACAAUAAAGCUCAACUAAGGUCCUGCGUUUCUGCAGCUGUGAUGUGAAAAAGAAAUUUGACAAAAGAGUCAUACUGUCGUAAU